UCUGUCGCAUUGUUAACGUCACUCAAGUGCGCCUGGAUUAGGAAGAAGACCACUAUGGAUGAUAAAGCGUUGGAUCUUGUGAAGGUGCAUGGAGUUGGAGGUUAUGACUCAGACUUCAGUGAAGAUGAAAGCCAAGGAGAAAAAAUACAGUAUGAACAAAAAAGAUUCCGUAAAGAUGACCCCCUUCUGCAGAAGGCAUUUCAGAGAGAAAAGCAUACUAAGCUUGCCCACAGGAAUGUUGCGGCACAGGAAUGGGAUCGGGAAGAAGCAAGGAACAGGCGUCACCACCUGAUUUCAAUGAAUGCCUAUGACAGACAUAAGAAGUUUGUGAGUGACUAUAUAUUGUAUUAUGGUGGCAAGAAGGAGGAUUUUAAACGUUCAACGGCAAAUGAUAAAACGGAUGUAGAUGUGCUGAGAGAAAACCAUCGUUUCUUAUGGAGAGAGGAGGAUGAAGAGGAUAUGACAUGGGAGAAGGAGCUUGCAAAAAAGUACUAUGACAAGCUGUUUAAAGAGUACUGCAUUGCUGACCUAAGCAGAUACAAAGAAAACAAGUUUGGAUUCCGAUGGCGAGUGGAAACAGAAGUGAUUUCGGGAAAAGGGCAGUUCUUCUGUGGAAACAAGCGGUGUGAAAAGAAAGAAGGCCUGAAAAGCUGGGAGGUGAACUUUGCCUACGUUGAGCACGGGGAGAAGAGGAACGCCCUCGUGAAGCUGCGGCUUUGCCCAGAGUGUUCCUACAGGCUUAACUAUCAUCAUAGGAGGAAAGAAGUUAAGGCAAAGAAAAGACAGCAAACUAAAGACAACAAAGAGGAGCCUCAGUUGAAAAAAGCAAAGUCAUCCCUCUCCAGAAAACACAGACACAAGAAGAAGACGGAAAAGCACUCCUCCAGAAGCCCACAGGACUCAAGCAAAUCAGGUGAAGGUUCUGAAGGCAGUGAUGGAGAGGAAGGUCCAUCUGAUGGAGAUUACUGGAAGGGUCCUGCUCCAAGUACGGAGGAGAAGUCAAGAGAGGAAGAAUUUGAUGAGUAUUUCCAGGACAUGUUUCUGUGACAGACUGAGGAUGGGGUUCUUUUGUUGAGUAUAAAGGGUAAUUCAAAUCAACAUUAGAAGAGAAGAAGAUGAAAUCCAUAAGGAAGCAAUUAAUUCUCUUUCUUUAUUGGCCAGUCUGUACAGUUCCUGAAAUCUCUGUACUUUGGGAUUUUAACAAGAACACCCGUGACAGCUGACCUACUUAUUUUUGCUUUUUCGGAUGUUCUCCAAGAAGAAACCAUUGGUGUCACUUUGGAUUGUAAUGGAGAGAAAAAUUUCAUAGCAGACAUGUUGUGAACUCUUAUGAAAUUGAUUUUUUCACUUUUACGGUGGAUAGACAGCUUCUGCAGUUCUCAAUAAUUUUAACAUCAGAGGGAAGUGAAGCAAAUCUGCUCUGUACUUUGUGCUAUCCAGAUAAAGCAUAGUAUGCCUUAGAGGUUAAGACGUGGAGUGAGAAGGUAAUAGACUAUAAUAUAAUAAACCAUUUGGCUCUCUAGAAGUAGAUGUUACUUAUUUCCACAAAUCCAGUGUUUUUCAGCUGGAGCACAGUGCUGUGCCUUCAGACAUAACGAGUGUGACGUGGAAUUUUUUAAAAGUCAUGUGUGUAUGAGACUUCUAGACUUGGGUAUGGAGAGGGGGCAGUAUAUCUCUAUAAAGUUUUAUAUUUAUGUGGGUGUACUGUGGAAUGGAAAACAUUGAGAAAACUUCUCUAACCCUGUAAAGUAUUGUUUAAAUCUCUGUAAGGAAGGUGCAGACUCGUACCCCGAUCCAGGAACGUGAGAGAACCCACUUGCUGAGCGAGAGACAGCCGAGACCCGGGGGAAACUGCUGACAACUGAGCAGUGUGCUGACAGAGAAGAGCCAGGCAGAGCAGAGCGGGGAGCAGACACAGAGAGCGUGUUGCUGUAGCAGGCUGGCGAAAUGGGCAAUCACAGUACAGGGUUGUUAUCCAAAACAAGCGAGGGUCGCAACAGGGCAGACACAGUAGCGAAGCACCAUGGGAAAGUCCGGAAGAUCGGUCAAAACAAAGCCUAGGGGUGAUCAGGAAGAUGAGGUAAUAGCAAGCAAGCAGAACUAGGGAAAGAAAGAAACGAAGCUUGAGGGGCUCAGUCUCUAAACUCAAUGACAGAUCCUCAAGCUCUGUCAGAUCCUGCCGCCUACGGGGUCCGCCUGAUGUUGUCAUAUGUCUGCAAAAAAAGGUCAGAGUAUUUAAGAGCACCUAGAACGGGCAUGAUCAUGAACUCCUGGCGCUCUGACUGGGGGAUUAGAUUCUGCAGCAGCCAGCGUAGAGACACAGGUUGAUAAUGACGUAACCAACCGUCGCGAUUCAGCUAGCUCGCCUCGCACACCGUCAGCUGGCAAAAUUUAAGUUAAUACUGUAUUGUACUGAAUACUGUGUAUGUUCAGGAUAUUGAUCCAAAACUGUUUUAUAGUGGCGAGAAGGCAUUUUGUAUUCCCAAUUUAAGGCAAAGAGCCUCAAAUCGGCUAUAGAAAAGAUAUAUACGAAAAUAACUUAUGUGUGUGAAAUAAGUGGUAGUGUUACAGGCACCAUACAAGCAAUAUUACAGGUUCAAGGAACUGAAGGUAGUUUUUAAAGAACAACGAUCUAGUGUGACUAGCAAAACCUUGGCCAAAAUCUGAACCUAAACACACAAAGAUUUUUCUUUUUUUUUUGCAUUUUACAAAGCACAAGUUCUAAAUAAUGAGAAAAUACUGCUUUGUGAAAGGUCCCAUUUUGUAGUCGAUAACAUCCCUCCCCGCUGCCACCGGUGCAUGUGUACCAACAUUUACCUAUAAUUUUCGCCUUACUUGCAAGUAGUAAUCCUGAUCCUCAUACUGAUGUGGUGGCAACUACCCUUUGUGUUAUAAUACCUGCCGUUACCUAUCGGCCAUAUAGCUACAAACUGUUGUGUAAGAAUUCUCAAGGUAGAGCUGCACAGCGAGAUAGCAGCUGAUAGUAACUACAGUCGAAGCAGGUGUGUUGGUAUGUUCAUUCAAAAUGUGCUGUGCUUGUGCUCUAUAAACACAACUGAAUAAAUUUACAACAUUGUGUCUUCAAA